AGUUCCUGUUACAUCACAAACAGACUAGUUUAACUGCUUGAAAUAUGAGCUGAAGUAAAUAAAAGAGGAGGGCUGCAAGAAAGAGCAGAAGAAACACUCUGAAGGAGGAGUGUCAGUGUGCUUAAACAGUCAUUAUAAUGUUUUGUGCUCAACUUUGCAUUCGUGUCUUUGCAUGUGAACGACUCUGACUGGAAAAUUGCAGAGUGCCUGCAUUGCUUUGACGGCAAGCUACUGAUGCCACUUCCCCCCAAGAUCAAAGGUUGCUUAAGUUUAGUGAGUGACGAGCAGGGCUAUUUGAAAGAAGGUUGCAGAUCAAUACUUUGCUCCUGAGCAAGAUAGGCUGCUGACAGCCAGCUGGAUAUUAUAAAAAAAAUGAUGGAGCACAUCUCUCUCCCGCCACUGUCCCGUGUUGCCAUUUGUGGUGGCACCCAUGGAAAUGAAUUGUCAGGGGUGUACAUGGUGAGAGAAAUGCAGAAAAAGAAGGUACAUCAGACUGAAUCUGUUUCUAUUACUACCGUCUUAUCAAAUCCACGGGCUGUGGAUGCUUGCAGAAGAUACAUGGAAAAAGAUCUCAAUCGCUGUUUUACAGAUGCCCUGCUGAGUGCCCCCAUAACAGACUCUACACCCUACGAGGUGAGAAGAGCCCAAGAGCUGAACGCUCAGCUUGGGCCCAAAGGAACCCCAGAGGCUGUGGAUCUGCUCUGCGACCUCCACAACACCACUGCCAACAUGGGCAUGUGCCUCAUCUUUUACUCCUUUGACUGGAUUGCCCUGCACAUUUACAACUACAUUCAGAGCAAGAUGACCUCUGCACCUGUGACAGCAAUCCAGAUGGAUAUUUCAGAGACUUAUUCCCUGGAGUCAGUUGGAAAACAUGGCAUCGCGAUUGAGGUUGGUCCUCAACCCCACGGCGUGACCAGAGCUGAUAUCUUUAACUUGAUGAAAGAGGCAGUGGAUCUCACAAUAGAAUGCCUUCAGAAAUUGAAUUCUGGAAGUACUUUUGAAGGAGGUAAAGUGGAAGCAUACACUUUGGUGAAGAGUGUAGACUACCCAAGGGAUCCUACAACCAAUAACAUUACUGCUGCCAUUCACCCCCAGCUGCAGGAUAAUGACUUCAAGCUUCUCAAACCAGGAGACCCCAUCUUCCUGUCAUUUUCUGGGGAGACGGUGAAGCAUGAGGGGGAGGAACUCUAUCCUGUAUUUGUAAAUGAAUGUGCCUACUAUGAGAAGAAGAUUGCUUUCCAUUUGGCUAAGAAAGUCACCGUGACCUUUCCGUCUGUAAGUGUGAAGAAGGUGGACUGAGAGUACAGAGACAGAAUGAGACCAAGAUGUAGACUUUAAAUUGUAAUCACAGAAGAAAAUUAAUGUGUACACUACAUAUAUACUGCAUAUAACUAUUUUUAAUAAUCACAAAUGCACAAACAAAUACGAUGAUUUAAUAUUCUACAAGUGCCAGACACUAUUGAUUACCUCUUUAUCCUGUUUAGCAAUCCACUACGGCAGCUCUGCCACAGUACUACCUCCAUGAGGCCUAAAGAAGAGACUCAUGUGUAAUACCAGAGUUAUUAUUGUACUUGACUUAAUGAUAUUGCACAGGUACUGAAAUUAUAAUCUUCCACUCCCUGUAAAUGAAUUAGACUACUUGGACACUGAUCUUGUUUGCACUGUGACAAUGAUGCAAAAACCAUGUUUGAAUACAUGGAAACAUGGAUCACUUUGAACUAUUCAAAAGUGACUUUUGAAUUCUAUCAUGCUGAUGUUUAGCAGCUUUAACAUUUAUGUUCACCAACAUAGUUUAGCAUGCUACCAUUUGCUAAUUAUCACUAAAUAUAAAGUACAACUGAUGCUGAUGGGCAUUAGUUUUGUAAGCAUUUGGUCAUAAACUAAAUUAUUGCAUUGCUAUGCCCAGAGCCAUGUGGCUGAAAAUUAGGGCUGCAUAAUGCAUGUUGUUUUUUAUCGCUAAUGUGAUAUCAACUUGCAAAAUACACCCUUGCAACAAUCAGGAAAGGCUGCAACAUAUCGCGAAAGACAAUUUUAGUUAGUUGAGAGCAUCAGUAGAAAACUCCACCUAAGUGUAUCUAUCAACAUAUUCUUUUUUUUAAAUGGUGCCUAUUAUUUCCAAUUCAGUGUUAAAUUUGUUAAAUACAUUUUUUUUAAUUCAAAAAGCUGCUGUAUCUGUAAUUUGCUGUAUUUUAGCAUAAUACUGAAAGCAGCAGAGUAUAACUAAGUACACUUUAAUAUCUGUUUAUUAAUCUUGAGAAGUAUCAUCAUGAUAUUCAACAAAAUAUUGCAUAUUGUAUAUUUUCCUAAUAUCCUGCCGCCUUACUCAAAAAAGCAAUAGCUAUCAAAAAGUAUCUCUGUAAUUUUUUAUACAAUUACAAUGUAAGGAAUAAUGAGGUUUUACUAAUUCUAUUACAACGGAUCACACAAAAACAAUAUGUCAGCAAAUGUCAAAUUUAUAGAUACAGAAACAGUUACAGUGUGCUUUAAAUGUAUACAUAAACACAUUUACAAAAGCCAGAGUGCAUAUCAGAUGUGUAACAAAACAUUGGGACAGAAAAGAAAAUCACAAUUUCUAUUCUGGUGCUGUGAAAAUAGUUGUUUUGGACAAACAAAAAGUAACAAAUUCAUUAACUUUCCAGACUUAAUGUCACAGUAAGUGUAAAGAUGUAGAUUCAUGAGGAUUUUCACUUGCAAAUAAAGAUUUUACAACUGUCACUCUCUUUGACUCUGGAGUAUUACCAACAAACAUUUAAAAGGCUUUAAUUGUUUCAACACUUGUCAAACCAGUCAGUUAUGUAACCGUUAGAAUUAGAAAACAUUUAAAAAGGAGCUUAACAAAUGUAAUGGCAGUAGUAUAAUGUGGGGCUGAAACAUUAGAAUUUAAAUGUUACAAAGAGAUCACAGGUUUUCUUGAGUGGUCUUCAAAUCAAAUUCAAGGUUUUUUUUU